CACGGCUGUUUAUUAAAAAACGCAUGCGCACACUUCUCCUGUCGUCUGGGAUGCUGUUCGGUUUACGCACUUAAAACCGGACCUGUCCUGCUCGAAUCAGCAUAACCGACUCAGCAUGUCAGCAGUAGCCAGUUGUCUCUUCUGUCGAAAGAUUGGUACGUCUGGCAACGGCUCUAGAAGGGAGCGAAACUGGAAGGAUAUCAGAAAAAUUGCAAAGAUUACAGGUUCACUCUUGCUAGGAGGAUGUGUGUUUGUUACUUAUGAAAUCCUGUCUCUGAGGAAGUCCAUAACCCUUGAUACUCAAGCAGUGCAACGGGAGAAGCUAAAAUCAUACAUUUACGUACAUACUGGAUCAGUUGAGCGGAACGACUUGCAAGGUAUUACUAAUAAGGUGCGAAAAGAGCUUCAUAGAGCAGCAAGAAAAGCUUUGGAAGCAUCAGCUAAUCUUUUUAGAAAAACACAAGAUGGAGAGCAAUACAGGAAUCCUAAUGUAGAAGAUCAUGAGUUGCCCCUGUGGCGUCUUUUGAAGAACACACAGUCAUCAGAUAGAAUGGUCCGCUUGGAUGCUGUCCGGCAAUUGGCAGAGAUUCAUCACUGGCAUGAUUACCAAUAUAGGACAGUGGCUCAAGCAUGUGACAACAGGACAGCCAUUGGCUUGGCACGAUGUAAAGAUAUAGAUCUCCGCUUUUUCCUUCCACCCCCAACAUUGCCAAAAGUAAAUGAUAAUUAUUCCAUUGAAGAUGCACUCAGACGACUGCUUUCUUCUCUGCCUCAAGCUGAACUUGAUAGGUGUGCCAAAUACCUUACAUCUUUGGCACUUAGAGAGAGCAGUCACUCAUUUGCAGCACAAAGGAAAGGAUUAUGGUGCUUUGGAGGAAAUGGAUUACCGUAUGCUGAGAGUCUAAGCGUGGUUCCUUCAGAGAAACUGGAGAUUUUCAGUUUACAGGCUUUAUUGACACAUUCUAUGAUCUCUAGCCACACUGACAAAAUUGCAUCAAACGGAGGCCUGCAGCUCCUUCAGCGGAUAUACCUGCUUCGUAAAGAUUCACAGAAAAUUCAGAGGAGUAUAGUUCGUAUAAUUGGAAACCUGGCCUUGAAUGAGCAACUUCACCAAGACAUUGUGGACUCAGGCUGGAUCUCCAUACUGGCAGAAGCCAUGAAGUCUCCUUAUGUCAUUCAGUCAUCACAUGCGGCCCGAGCUUUGGCCAACCUGGACAGGGAUAGUGUACAUGAAAAAUACCCAGAUGGAGUAUAUUUACUGCAUCCUCAAUGCCGUACUAGCCAGCCUAUUGUGGCUGAUAUCUUAUUUGUCCACGGUCUACUUGGGGCUGCCUUCAAAACGUGGCGUCAGCAGGACAGGGAUGAGCAACUAGGUGAAAGUGCUGCUCAGGAUGAUGAUUAUACAGACUGCUGGCCAAAGGCCUGGCUAGCAGCAGACUGUCCUGGUGUAAGAAUUAUUUCUGUGGAAUAUGAUACUCAGCUUAGUGAAUGGAGAGCCAAAUGUCCUGCAGACAGUCACAGGAAAACUAUGGCUUAUCGGAGCAGUGAGCUUCUUAACAAGCUUAAGGCUGCUGGAGUUGGUAAACGGCCAAUUAUAUGGGUUUCACAUAGCAUGGGGGGUUUGUUGGUGAAGAAAAUGUUGCUAAAUGCAUCAAAGAACGAAGAUAUGCUUGAUUUUGUAAAGAACACACAAGCAAUCGCAUUUUUUAGUGUACCCCACAGUGGAUCCCGUCUCGCAGAGUACACUGUCAAUGCCAGGCUACUUCUCUUUCCAUCGAUAGAAGUCAAGGAACUCAGCAAAGAUUCUCCUGCGCUAAAAGAACUAAAUGAUGAGUUCCUGCAGUUUGCUAAAAAUAAAGACCUUAAAAUCAUAAGUUUUGUGGAGACAUUGCCAACACGAGUGAGCAGUAUGAUGAAACUGCAUGUUGUGCCAUUAGAAUCAGCUGAUUUGGGCAUCGGUGACCUUAUUCCUGUGGAAGUAAACCAUCUCAACAUUUGCAAGCCAAAGAGCAGAGACUCUUAUAUCUACCAGCGUACUUUACAGUUUAUCAGUGAUUCCUUGAAGACAAACUUUGAGAAACAAUGAUCAGUCAAACUUUAGGAUUAAAUUCCCCACAUAAUUGUUUGGUGUUAUUUAUCCAAAUCAUUAAACUAAA